AUGCGCGGGUCGCGAGUGCUUGUGGUGAACCUCACGAGUGUAGGCUGCGAGAUUGUUAAGAACCUUAUGCUCGGAGGCAUUGGCGCCAUCACCGUGAUUGACUCGUUUAAGGUGCUUCACCAGGAUUUGAAUGCCAAUUUCUUCAUCGACAAAACGCAGGUCGGCCAACCAAAAGUGCUCGCUGCCGAAGCCAGAAUCAGAGAUUUGAAUCCUCGAGUGAAUUUGACCGUGAGCACUGACAACUGGCAGGAGAAACCAGAAGACUUUUUUCUGUCGUACAACCUGGUCGUUGCCACAGGGCUCGAUAAGACACAACUCACAAGACUCAAUGCCAUCACAAGAAAACUCAAAAUCCCGUUCUAUGCAACAGGCACACACGGUCUCUACGGCUAUAUUUUUGUUGAUCUGAUUGAGCACGAGUCGUCUGUGAAAUACGAAAAGUAUCCUACUCCCAAGAAGGUGGGCCCGCUCAGUCCAACCUCUGACAUUGUGAGUAUCUCGGAGGUCGUGGAGAACGACGUCGAGUUGCAAAACUGUAUUGUCAAAACUAAAUUCGUUCCGCUGUCUGACAUAUUCACCAACAACGAAAAGCUCAAGUUUUAUUUUCCUACGCCACGAAAACUCAAGAAAAUAAGUCCUGUGCUGCCCAUUCUGCUUGCCCUGCUAGAGAUUCCUUCUCAGAUAGGCAAACCAAUUGAAGAUGUCGCGAUCGACGCAAAAGAGCUUAGUUUGAAGGUGGCAGAGGUUGUGAGCCGUUUGGAGCUUCCUGAAGAGAUAAUCAGACCCGAGCUUUGUCGCAGGAUCUCAUCAACAUGCUGGGACGAAGGGAGCUUCCGCUGA